GGGCAGGACUGCGAGAGCCGCAGUGCAGCAGCACACCUCAGCGCUGGGAGAAUGUGGCUGCAAGUGCACGCCAAUUAAAUCUUGCUAUUCCUGGGCAUGUGGGAUUGGGAGCGGUGUCAGUCAACCGCUCUACAAUAGCACGUGCAGCGGUCGUGGUUCAAGGCACACACAGGUCUGUCGGAACUCCGGCAGCCGGCUGAGGAUGGCCCGGGAGCCUCUGCGGGAUCCUGGAACAGAACCUGCGCUGAAUAAUGUAUUCUGAGGUAUACUGGAUACCUGAGGAGGGAAGGGCUCUAAAUAAUGCAUUUUCCGGGCACGACAGUUGUAGCAGAAGUGGAUGCUGAAGCCUGUAGUGAGACUGCAGCCUGAGAUGAAAGAAUGUCUCAUUACCAUUUUAUCAAAUGCUGCUGUUUCCAACUAUGUAAUGUUUUUCGGUCACAUGAGAUGGAAAUUGACCAGUGCUUGCUUGAGUCCCUCCCUCUCGGCCAGCGGCAACGGCUGGUGAAGCGGAUGCGGUGUGAUCAAAUAAAGGCUUAUUAUGAACGAGAAAAGGCUUUCCAGAAGCGGGAGGGUUACGUGAAAAAACUGAAACAUGGAAAGAAUCAUCGAGUUCGUUUCAACCUUGCCGAUAUGAUACAGGAUGCUAUUACACAUCAUGAUGAUAAGGAAGUGCUGCGACUGUUGAAAGAUGGUGCUGACCCUCAUAUGCUUGUUUCCUCAGGAGGUUCCUUGCUCCAUCUGUGUGCUCGCUACGAUAAUGCAUUUGCUGCAGAAAUUCUGAUUGACAGAGGAGUGAAUGUAAAUCAUCAAGAUGAGGAUUUUUGGACAUCAAUGCAUGUAGCCUGUGCGUGCGAUAAUCCUGAUAUUGUCCUGCUGCUGCUGCUAGCUGGAGCAAAUGUACUGCUGCAAGAUGUUAAUGGAAACACAGCAUUUGACUAUGCUGUAGAAGGGACUGAAUCCAGCAGCAUCCUUCUCAUGUACCUGGAAGAAAACGGUGUUGAGCUGAAUUCCUUGCGCCAAAUGAAGAUACAGAGAGCUAUGACUAUGCUUACAGAUGUCCGACAGCUCAUAUCAAGUGGAGGAAGUGUGAAUCAGAAGAAUGAUGAAGGAGUUACCCUGCUGCAUGUGGCCUGUGCAAAUGGCUACAAGAAUGUUGCAUCUCUGAUACUGGAUCAUGGGGCUGAUCUCAAUGUGGUGGAUAAUCAGUACUGGACACCUCUACAUUUAGCUGCAAAGUACGGACAGACCAGCCUCGUGAAGCUGCUUUUGAUGCACUGGGCAAAUCCCAAUCUUCUUAACUGCAAUAAUGAGAAACCUUCAGAUAUUGCAGCUUCUGAGUUUAUUGAGGAAAUGCUUCUGAAGGCUGAAAUUGUUUGGGAGGAAAAAAUGAAAGACCCUUUAUCCGUUCCUACUUUAUCUCAAGAAGAGCCUUAUGAAGAGAUCAUCCAUGAUCUGCCCACGCUUUCCAAUAAACUCAAUCCCCUGGCUUUACCAAUUGCCAAGCAAGACAGUUUGCUGGAGAAAGACACCAUGUUCAAGGAUGCAGCUAAAGGUUUGUGUAAGCAGCAGUCUCAAGACAGUGCAUCUGAAAACGUCAUGAUGAACAGUACAGCCAAACUUGAACAGAUCAAGCUUAUGCCUCCAGCUCCAAAUGAUGACUUGGCUUCUCUGAGUGAGCUAACAGACAGCAGCCUACUUUAUGAGAUUCAGAAGCGUUUCAAUAAUAAUCAAAUAUAUACCUACAUUGGUGAUAAAUUGCUGCUUGUUAACCCAUUUAAAGAACUUCCCAUCUAUUCCACCAUGGUCACCCAGCUUUAUUUAAGCAAUUCUGGAAAACUGUGCGCCACACUUCCCCCUCAUAUAUUUUCCUGUGCUGAAAGAGCUUACCACAUGCUGUUCCAGGAGCAGCGUCCCCAGUGCUUUAUCCUCAGUGGAGAAAGUGGUUCUGGGAAGACUGAAGCCUGCAAACAAAUAGUGAAGCACCUCACUUGUAGAUCUAGCUCCAGCAGAAGUACCUUUGAUACAAAGAUAAAACAUGUAAACUGUGUCUUGGAAGCCUUUGGACAUGCUAAGACACCUCUAAAUGAUUUUUCCAGCUGUUUUAUAAAAUAUUUUGAGCUACAGUUUUGUGAGAAGAAAAGGACAUUAAUUGCAGCUAGAAUUUAUACGUACAUGUUGGAGAAGUCUCGUGUCAUUAUGCAACCUCUCAACCAGAGUAAUUUUCAUGUUUUUUACUUGAUGAUGGAUGGUCUGUCUGCUGAAGAAAAAUACACGCUGUACCUCAGUAAUUUGUCUACACACAGGUACCUAAGCCAAGCUGGGCUGGAAGAGACAAUGCUAACAGCUAACCCUCAAAACAGGGAGAAAUUAACAGUUCUGAAAGAAGCUCUUAGUGCUAUGGGAUUCAAUAGCCUGGAGGUGGAGAACCUGUUUGUAAUCCUCUCAGCAAUUCUGCAUCUGGGGGACAUUCGCUUUACGACCCUGACAGACACCGAGACAGCGCUGGUGUCAGACCUGCAGCUGCUGGAGCAAGUGGCAGGGAUGCUGCAAGUUUCACCGGAUGAGUUUGCUUCAGCCUUAACAACUGAUGUUCAGUAUUUUAAAGGAGACAUGAUAGUACGGAGACACACUAUAGAGAUGGCAGAAUUUUACCGGGAUCUCUUGGCAAAAUCUCUGUAUGGUCGUUUGUUUAGCUUUCUAAUCAACACAAUCAACUGCUACCUCCAAAAUCAAGAUGAAGCUGAAAGCGAUCGGAUAUUUGAAAUUGGAAUUCUGGAUAUUUUUGGAUUUGAAGAAUUUCAAAGGAAUACUUUUGAGCAGCUGUGCAUCAAUAUGACCAAUGAGAAGAUACAUCAGUAUAUCAAUGAAGUGCUUUUCCUACAAGAGCAAACAGAAUGUGUACAAGAAGGAGUUACCAUAGAAACUGUGUACUCUCCAGGAAACCAUACUGCAGCCUUGGAUUUUUUCUUUCAGAAACCGUCAGGCUUUUUGUCAAUGCUAGAUGAAGAAAGCCAAUCUAAUUGGUCAGUGGAACAGAGUCUUUCUAAACGGAUUCAGUCUUACCUGGAUACAUCAGACACAAAUACAGUGUAUUCCUCCACAAAAGAUGGAAAUGGCAACCUUGCACCAAAGGAACAGGGCUCUACCUUCACUGUUAUGCAUUAUGCUGGCCGGGUUACUUACGAAAUUGCUGGUGCGGUAGAAAAAAAUAAAGAUUCCCUUUCACAGAAUCUCAUAUUUGUAAUGAAAACCAGCGAAAAUGUAGUCAUCAAUCAAUUGUUCCAGUCCAAACUGACACAGACUGGAUCACUUGUUCCUCCAUAUCAUUCCCUUAAGUUCAAAGGAUGUAAAGCAGCACUGCUGAAUAAAAAAACAUCAGUAGCCUGUGCAGGUGGAGAAACAAAGAAAUAUGUGGAGCUCAGCAAGCUGUUGAAAAAGAAGGGGACAUCCUCAUUUCUUCAGAAACUGGAACGAGGGGGCCCAACCACUGUGGCAGUACAACUCAGGAAAUCACUCACAGAUAUUAUUGGGAAGCUACAGAACUGCACGCCACAUUCUAUUCACUGUAUAAAGCCUAACAACUCCAAGUUGCCGGAUACUUUUGACAAUUUUUAUGUGUCUGCUCAACUGCAGUAUAUUGGUGUCCUAGACAUGGUCAAAAUCAUACGAUACGGAUAUCCCUUUCGUUUCUCUUUCACAGACUUCUUGUCAAGGUAUAAAGAUUUGGCUGAUACAGCAGCAGGAGAGAAGAAGUUGUCUGCCAAGGAGAGAUGUCGUCUUGUUCUCCAGCAGUGUAAAUUACAAGGCUGGCAGAUAGGAGUCCGAAAAGUGUUUCUUAAGUACUGGCAAGCUGACCAUCUCAACGAUUUGUGCCUUCAGCUUCAGAAGAAAAUUAUAACCUGCCAAAAAGUUGUGAGAGGAUUUCUAGCUCGCCAGCGUGUGCUACAGAAGAUGAGCAUCAAGCAGCAAGAGAUCACCUCAGUCAAAGGCUUCUUGCAGACUGUUGAGGAUAUGGGGCUGAAAACAUACGAUGCCUUGGUCAUUCAAAAUGCUUCUGACAUUGCUCGGGAAAACGACCGGAUUCGCAAUGAGAUGAAUGCUGCUUACCACAGGGAAAAGCUAGAGGCUAGAAAUAGACCAGAAGAAGUCCACAAAAGAGCUGAAGACAAGGGUGGGAAGCUUCCUGAGGAUGGCUUCGCCGGCUACCGAGCGCCAAAGCACUUUCAUUCCAGCUCUGUGCCUGUCCCCAUGGCAGUGGAAGGCUUGGUACAUUCUGUGGCUGGGUCGUCCAUCAGGUCCCCAUCCCUGCACUCAGUGUUCAGCAUGGAAGACGGCGGCAGCCUGCCGUCGCCACGGAAACAGCCUCCUCCCAAACCCAAGCGGGACCCCAACACACGGCUGAGCGCUUCCUAUGAGGCCGUCAGUGCUUGCUUGUCGGCAGCUUCUAAGGAGGCCGCUAAUGAAGUUCUGACCCGUCCAAGGCCACAUAGUGAUGACUAUAGCACCAUGAAAAAAAUACCUCCCAGAAAACCAAAACGAAGUCCCAAUACAAAACUCAGUGGCUCUUACGAAGAAAUACCUGGCCAAAAGCCUGGGGAUGUGAAACAGACAAACACAGUAGUUAAACAAGGUAGCUAUGACACUGCGGGAGUACAGAGAGCAGCUUCUGCUGAUGUGCCACAACAUGGCACAUUGAGUCUCUAUAUGUCACAAGAAGAGGAAGAAAAUGAGCCUGUCUAUAUUGAAAUGGUAGGGAAUGCAAUGAAACACAGUUCUGCUGAAGCAGAAAGCCCAGAGCAAGGAGAGUCUGUGUAUGAAGAAAUGAAGUAUUUUCUCCCAGAAGAAGGAAGCAACAGUAAUGGAAUAAUUCCAAUAGCAACUGGAUCUCCACCUCUGGUGUUUGAAAGCAAAAAAAAUGUUCAUGUUGAAGAUGGAACAUUGGAUGGAAACAGUCAAGCUGCUUUGAACUAUAAAGACUCAUGUGACAUUCCAGCCCCUUUCCCUAAUUUGCUUCCUCAUAGGCCACCACUUCUUGUGUUUCCUCCAACUCCUGUCACAUGUUCUCCUGCUUCUGAUGAAUCACCUCUAACACCACUAGAAGUUAAAAAGCUUCCUGUCUUGGAAACCAACCUAAAAUACCCUGUGCAGUCAGAAGGCUCAAGUCCAUUGUCACCACAGUACAGUAAAAGCCAAAAGGGGGAGAGUGAAAGACCAGCAUCUCCAGGCUUGGUUGUAUUCAAUGUUUCCAGCAAAGUAACUCCACCUUCCACACCUCCUCCUCCUCUUCCACCACCCCCUCCUCCUGUACCACCUCCUGUUUCCUAUCGGGCUUCCACACAUUUUGCAUUUCCUCCAGAGCCUUGUGCUAGUUUUCUGAUUAAUACAGGGAAAACAGGUACAAACUCAGAUCUAUCAAAAGUACCUCUGCGACCAAACCCUGCUCAGCUUGGAUGUUCACCUUCUCCAUUCUCCAAAUUGCCUUAUUCCCCAAAGAUGGCAAGAGCAGAACACAGGAAAUUGAACUCUAAUUCAUCAUCUUCAUAUCCAUACAGUCCUACAAACUCAAGGUCAUUGACCAGUCCCCUUGAUGAGUUAGCAAGCUUGUUCAACUCAGGACGGAGUGUGUUACGGAAAUCCGCAGCAGGACGUAAGAUCAGGGAGCCAGAAGGUGCUGAAACUAACCUGAACUUGAGGAGCAGAGAAGAUCCAAAUGCAUCAGAUACUGGGUCAGCAACGCAGGAUAAAAAUGCAAAUAACCAUGGAACUCAGUCUUCUAAUCCACUGUCCAGUUCUGUGACUGCUGAAAAUGGAAAUUCGGUAUCAAAUGGUGUACCAGAGGAAAAUGAGUAUUCAAGACUGUCUGCCAGCACUACAGCAGGUUCAUCGGUUCAAAGACAUAGGGAGAGCCACACUACUCAGGUUAUUCAUCAGCUUAGACUUUCUGAGAAUGAGAGUGUGGCUCUGCAAGAGCUUCUAGACUGGAGGAGAAAGCUGUGUGAGGAGAGAGAAGACUGGCAACAAAUCUUGCACAACACUGAGCAAAGAAUCACAGCCCCUCCCCCACCCCCUUGUAAAAAACCAACACUGCUGAAGAAGGUGGAAGAUGCCUCCUGCAACAGACUAUCGUCAGGCAUAUGGGACACCACCAUGUGAUUGGAAUGUGUGUGUUUGCAGAUAGUUGGGAGUGAAACCAUCUCAUGCCUUCAGUCUGCACAAUCAGCAAGUUUCCUUCCCUCCACAGAAUGUGCAGGGUUUUUUUUACAAGCAAUCCUUCAAGAGCACAGGAUGGAAGAGCUAUUUAGAUCUGUCAUGUGUGCGUGUGUGUGUUUGUCCUUUUCAUACAUAUAUAUAUACAAAUAUGCAUAUAUCUGUGCAUCUGUAUAUAUGUAUGUGUGUAUAUAUAUAUAAGGUGACAAACUGCACUAUAAGAAUAUAAAGGUAGAAAACAGUCACUUAGGAGUUCUCCUGUGGACAACAAAGAAGCUAUGUCAAACAAAUGGUGGCAGGGAGAAGUGACUGACAGGCAUUUUAGAGAGAUCAGGAAAGUCUGUGUGCACACUGUACAGCUGUUUUAUAUAGUAUAAAAAUAUGAUGUUUCUUGUUCCCUAAUGAAUGGUUUUAUUAUAUUACAUAUAUGCAUAUAUAUAUUUCUUUGUAGAUGUCUGUGUUCUAUUGGAGUUGCAAACCCAAAGUUUAUUUACAUGUUUAUUACUGGUGUUUUAUAACUUUACUCAA